GCAGAUGGUAAAAAGUUCUACGAAAUGUCACCAAUAUUGCUUGGAAAUGCAAAGAGAGCUAUUUCUAUAAUGAAAUGUAUCCUGAAGCCUCUUUAUGAUCAGUUUUCAGGUCACCUGACACGAACUGACAGCAAAAAGGGACUUAAGGAGCGACAAAAU